AUGGUUGAUGAGGAUGGUAUGCCUCUGAUUGAAAUGAUAACCGAGGAAGCGGCUAUGAUUGAAGAAGUCAACGCGAUGGGUGAAAACCCAAAAGGAUGGUUCGUUGACACGGGUGCAACCCGCCAUGUUUGUGGAGAUAAGGCUCUUUUCUCUACAUUCAAGGAAGCGUCGGGUGAAGAAAAGCUUUAUAUGGGAAAUAAAGUUACCGCAAGCAUCAAGGGGGAAGGCACUGUCAUCCUGAAGAUAACGUCUGGCAAGGAGCUUACUUUGACCAACGUGCUUUAUGUCCCAGAGAUAAGGAAGAAUCUCGUGUCGGGAUGGAUGCUCAACAAGUUUGGAUUUCGUCUAGUGUUUGAAUCGGACAAUUUUGUUCUUUCUAGACGUGGAAUGUUUGUUGGAAAGGGCUAUGCCCUUAAUGGAAUGUUUAAAAUGAAUGUAAUGGUUGUGAACCAAAACAAGAAAAUGAAUGAAAGUUGUUCUUCUACUUACAUGAUUGAGUCUUCUAAUGUUUGGCAUGUUUCUUCAAGUCCAGCUAGUAUAAAUAGGGUGGUACCUCUGUUGAAGAACGACACCAAAUUAACCAGCUCUAAUCUUUCUCUCUCACAGAAUUCUUCAUCUUCUCUCAAGGAGCAAGGUACACCUUCGGGUUGGAGUUAA